AUGAGAGGAUUUCCUCUGCCGAGCGUAUUCCACAAAGCCUUCAUUAAAAUGCAAUAUUUCUUUUCCAGGAAACCUAAUAAAAGAAUGGCUGGCUCACGCGAGAGACUGCUCUACGACCGUCAUUUAGAUGUCGAUUAUGAAUAUCAGAGGAGACGACGACAUGAAGCCAGGUUCGAAACGGAUCGAUCGGAAACAAUCCGCAUACGUACUGAACGCUUCGAUCAAAUCGAGCGACCUCGGCGGAAGAAUGGAUAUGUUUUUGAAGAUAUCUACUCAGAUUUUGAUGAAGCUCAAGGACGGCUAUCCCUAUUUAGACCAAUAAGACCAGAAUAUUUGAACCUACAAAGCUCAUAUGACAACAAAUACAAUUCCCUACCACGAACUAACUAUUACAACGAUGAUAGAAGUCGCCGAUAUAAAAAAGAUUAUUACGACUUCAGAAUCGAAGCUGAACGAAGAAGGCCGCGGGAAUCUUAUGAAAUAUACAAACCUACGCGAAUCGAGACCAAUCGGAACGAGAUCAGGCUAAAAGAACGAAAAGUCCCUUCGAACGACUCUAGACUCGUCCAAGAACGACCUAAAAAUGUAGCUGUUUGUAAACCACUACGUUUAGCUGAACGUAACGCGAAAUAUUGGACGACGGAUCCACCGCAAAAGGAUAAAAAGCCGAAACGCGAUGAGAAUAAAAAGAUAGUUAAAUUUUCAGAAGUUUCUGGUUGUAGAAAAAUGGUUAUUGAUGAUCCAGUUUGUGGAAGAAAAGUGGUUGCGGUCCGUGAAUUAGAGGUUUCGUUGGACCAGAUGAUACAGAAUGGUUACUUUGAGAAGCACAACAUACCGAUACGCUUGCCAGACAAAAAGGAAGAGAUAAAGAGCGCUGUUCCGAACGGAAAGUGCUUAUCUGCUAACGAAACGCCGGCGCCUAGAAAGUCUCGACAUUUGCCACAGGUUAUAGCAGCUUUAGCGGUGUCACUGGCACCCUUCUCAGCAGGUCUCGGUAAAGGCUACAGCUCACCAGCCAUCGCGUCCCUGCAAGGACCUGGGAAUGCAACUCGAAGGGAUUUCCAGCUGACCGACCAACAGGCUUCGUGGUUGGCUUCAUUGUCUUUUCUCGGUGCCCUUUUCGGUGGUAUGGCGGGUGGAGCAGCUAUGCGUCACGGUCGACGACGUGUACUGUCCCUCGCAGCAGCACCAUGCAGUCUGUCCUGGUUGCUGACCGUGCUGGCAACAUCUGUGCGGAUGAUGUGCAUCACAGCUUUCUUGGGAGGCUUCUGCUGUUCGAUAUUGACUAUGUUGUCACAGGUUUACGUCAGUGAAAUAUCAGUGCCAGACAUCCGUGGAUGUCUUAGUGCUGUGCUGAAAGUCGUCGGACACCUCGGAGUACUCUUCAGCUUUACUAUCGGUGCUUAUCUCGACUGGCAACAAUUAGCAUUAUGCAUAUCUGCUGCGCCACUACUUCUCUUCUGCACAGUACUAUACAUACCAGAAACACCAAGCUAUCUCGUUCUUAUUGGAAAAGAUGAAGAAGCCUACAAAAGCCUAUUAUGGCUACGAGGACCGAAUUCUGACGUCGCUCAAGAACUGGCCACUAUUAGAACUAAUGUUUUAGCCAGUAAGAACUUUAGUCAAAGACAAAUUCAAACAAAUAAUUAUUUCGAUGUUAGAACAAUGAACCGUCUUCUUGGACCAAUCCUAGUUACAUGCGGGCUGAUGAUGUUUCAACGCUUUUCUGGUGCUCACGCCUUCUCUUUUUAUGCUGUUCCAAUAUUUAGAAAGACUUUCGGCGGAAUGAAUCCACACUUAGCAGCUAUAGCUGUAUCGUUUGUACAAUUACUGGCAUCUUGCCUAUCUGGUCUGCUCAUUGACACUGUUGGUCGACUUCCUCUAUUGAUUGUAAGCUCAGUUCUUAUGUCUAUGGCAUUAGCUGGUUUUGGAAGCUACGCUUAUUAUGAGGAGGUUCAUAGAAAUCAAAGAAUUCAGAAUGUGAUGUUUCAUCAAACAGUCGGCCAAAACGAUUGGAUCCCGUUACUAUGCGUAUUGGUUUUCACGAUUGCGUUUUCUUUGGGCAUGAGUCCCAUAUCCUGGCUGUUAAUUGGUGAACUGUUUCCUCUUGAAUAUAGAGCUUUUGGCAGUGCAAUGGCUACAGCAUUCAGUUAUCUAUGCGCAUUUGUUGGUGUCAAAACUUUCGUGGACUUUCAACAAGCAUUGGGAUUGCAUGGAGCUUUUUGGCUGUACGCGUCUAUAAGCGUUGGUGGGCUUUGUUUUGUGGUUUGCUUCGUACCCGAAACUAAAGGUCGUGAUCUUGAUGAAAUGGAUCCAAAUUACGUUCAAAGUCUGUCCCCAAAAAGA